CAGUCAGUAUUAAUUCCACGUGCGAAUGCGGUUGAUCGUAAGAUAUGCGCAUGAUCUUAAAUUGCGAGCGUCGUCGAUCAAAUUUUUGGUUAGAACUGCGUUAAAUAACGACGACGAUGAAUCAGGCGAAUGUUGAGAAGUUGGUCUCAAAAUUGAAAUAUAAUGUCAAACCGCGUCGACAGUUCAAAAAUCCCGACGGUCCAGAGGGACGUCUUCACAAACUUCGAAAAACUCUGACGGCGUUGAUUAAAUAUGAACGACUCGAGUUGAAUUAUCCGAAAGCCGACGAGACCAGAGGUUAUGUUGACCAAUUGAUAUUUGAGGCAAUACGCCAUGGACCUACACACAAGGAAACAAUGGAUAUGGCCAAUUUCUGGAUAAUUGAGAAGCAACUUAUACACAAACUGUUCAAAGUCCUUGUGCCAAGAUAUCAGAAUUAUACCACCUCAUUUACAAAACUUCACAAAGCGCCGAACGUAUAUCCUAUAGGUCACUAUCAGAGGGCAAUUUUAGAACUCAGAGGUAACAUAUAUCCUAAAUUAGAACAAUUUAAUCCAUAUGAACGAAAUUUACUUCAUAAUAUAUUACUUGAUGCUGCAAAGAAGGAAUAUAGGAUGGAAAAAUACAAAGAAAUAGCAGAUAAUAUAAAACAAUAAAGAGAAGGAAUAUAAAGAAUGCUCUUGUACAGUGUAUGUUUUUGUUAAUUUAAGACUUUAUAUUAUUAAAAUAAACGUAUAAAA